AAAUAUUUCUUUAAUUCAUUAUGUACACCCUUUGUCCACUUCCAUUUCCAUACCUGCACUGCAGCUUCCCUGACAUACACAAGGUUACGUACCUAAGGAGAAACCAACAAAGCUUGCCCCCUUACGAGCAGAAGUAGGACUCACUCACUGCCUCUUCCACUUUAUCCUAAACGUUCACCACUUUACGUAGUUUGAUAUGACCUAAACAAUCCACAUGUCAAUCUGUACAUGUGGUCCAGCAUACCAACUAAUAAAGCCCUGCUUCCUCCCCUGUCUCUGUCUGUUUGCAUGUGCUUCCACUACUAGUUCUGCCCAGGCAAUCAGGACACCCACAAUUUAAAAGGACAAACAGUGCACUCCCUAAUAAGUAUAGCAAGAAGGGCACUACUCUCAUUGUCUCCAUUCUGGUACAUAUGCCAUGGCAUAACUCUUUCUCUCAGCACAGGAGAUUGCACAGAACCACGAUUAUCUCAACACUACUGCAGGCCAAAUCACAGAGAUCACAUGUGACAGAAAAACAGCCAAAGCCCCCUUCCUCCCCUGCACCCCCAUGUUUGGUACAAAGCACCCUUCCCCAGUUUUGAGUCUGUAGUGUUUUACAAGCACUUCCCAUGCAGAAUUGACAUGUACUCACAGAAUCACAGAAUUGUAGGGGUUGGAAGGGACCUCGAGAGAUCGUCGGGUCCAACCCCCCUGCCAAAGCCGGUUCCCUAGAGCAGGUUGCCCAGGUAGGUGACCAGACAGGCCUUGAAUAUCUCCAGAGAAGGAGACUCCACAACCUCCCAGGGCAGCCUGUUCCAGUGCUCCGUCACCCUCACCGUGAGGAAGUUCUUUCACGUGUUGGUGCGGAACUUCCUGUGCUCAAUUUUGUGGCCAUUACCCCUUGUCUGGUCUCCACAAACCACUGAAAGAGGUUGGCCAAAUCCCUCUGUCUCCCACACUUCAGGUAUUUAUAAACAUUGAUAAGAUCCCCUCUCAGUCUUCUUUUCUCCAGGCUAAACAGACCCAGGUCUCUCAGCCUUUCCUCGUAGGGAAGAUGCUCCAGUCCCUGUAUCAUCUUUGUGGCUCUCCGCUGGACUCUUUCCAGGAGAUCCCUGUCUUUUUUGUACCGGGGAGCCCAGAACUGGACACAGUACUCCAGGUGAGGCCUGACCAGGGCAGAGUAGAGGGGGAGGAUCACCUCCCUUGACCUGCUGGCCACACUCCUUUUAAUGCAUGCCAGGAUCCCAUUGGCCACCAGGGCACACUGCUGGCUCAGGGUCAACCUGUCGUCUACAAGGACCCCCACGUCCAUCUCCUCAGAGCUCCUCUCAGCCUGUACUGAUACAUCCGGUUGUUUCUUCCCAGGUGCAGGACUCUACACUUGCUCUUAUUAAACCUCAUUUGGUUUCUUCCUGCCCAGCUCUCCAGCCUGUCCAGGUCUCGCUGAAUGGCAGCACAGCCUUCUGGCAUGUUGACUACUCCUCCCAGCUUUGUAUCAUCCAUGUACUUGCUGAGGGCGGACACUAUUCCCUCAUCAAGGUUGUUGAUGAAGAUGUUGAACAAGUCCGGACCCAGCACCGACCCCUGAGGAUCACCGCUUGUCACAGGUUUCUAGCUGGACUCUGUGCUGCCGAUCACCACCCUCUGAGCUCGGCCAGUCAGCCAGUUCUCAACCCACCUUACUGUCCACUCAUCUAUCCCACACUUUCUCAGCUUUGCUAGCAGGAUGUCGUGGGAGACAGUAUCAAAAGCCUUGCUAAAGUCAAGGUAGAUGACAUCCACUGCUCUCCCCCCAUCUACUCAGCUGGUGAUGCCAUCAUAGAAGGCAACGAGGUUGGUCGAGCACAACUUCCCCUUGGUGAAUCCAUGCUGACUACUCCUCAUAACCUUCUUCUCUUCCAAUUGCUUGGAGAUGGUAUCCAGAACAAGCUGUUCCAACAAAAAACUCACACCCAUUUUUCAUGGUAAAACUCUGUGAUAUCAUGUACUGACUAAGAAACUGUUUUCUGGUAUUUGAUCACUCUUUGCACAGCAGGACUUGGCUCUUAGUGGUGCAGGGAGGAGUACGCUACAUUGUACCAUGCAUCUGAACAAAGGUGAGAGGAUCCCAUCACCUUCUUAAUGCAUGCACACAUCCUCUGAGUCUGCCCCUCCCCGUGAACUUAACACUGCAGGCUCUCAACAGCCAUCCUACACAGGAAAACAUGGGUACCCACCUAGCCUAGUAUUCCUGUCCAGAUCCCACUUCUUACCUCUGAGCAGCAAACUGCAGCUCUUGCUUGACAGGCAGAUGUAGGUUGGUCCUAGUACAAAACCCAGGGAAUCACUGACAGCUGGGACUGUGACACCACCAGAAAACCACACAUCCAGAAAAACCCGCAUCUCAGUAAUAUUACUGGUAGGAAGCAAGUGUCUUUCAAAUGCAGGCUUAAACAGUUUGCUCACUUCCAGGACAUGGAAAAUUUCCCCCUUCCAAUUGUACCAGGUCAGUAUGUGAAACAACUUGAAAGGUAAGGUACUCAGAGAUUCUUUAUCCAGAAACCUGCUGUGACUUUACUUUCCCUCCCUCUGUCACACUACACCUCUACCACCCUACACCUCUCUUGAUACAUCCAGCCCUCUUAUAUUACAGUCCAGUGCCACCUGCAACCCAGACCCACUAAUUCAGCAGCCCCUGAGCUCAUGCUAGAAGCUAGCUUCCUGAUCUGUCCCACUUAUAAGUGCAACUCCAUGAUUGACACGAAAGAAUACUACCUUGAUUCAUCCAAUAUAGUAAGACUAGUCAAGGUCAUGAUUUAAAGAGGUGUUGCUUCAACAAAACGAGAAAGCAGGCCAAGAGGAACAUGUUUUCCCACCGCUCCUCUUCCACCCCUGCUCAGAGGCAAGUGGUUCCUUCCACGCCCCACACUGGCAGUUCCUCCACCGCACGGCAGGUCACAGGGGAGAUCCCGACACUCCUCACCAACAGCAAAGAUCCAUUUUGCCCCUGAAGUUUGCAUGGUCCGAUAGACUUGAUUCAGACUUUGUGCCAGACACCCCACAGUCAAACGAGCACACCUCGGAGCCCAGCGCGGCCGCUGUGCCGUCCCGCUGCACUGACUCACGGAGGGGGAACCCGGAAGGCCGCGGGCCGCGUUCCCCGCCCGGCAACCCCUACUUCGCGGCACAGAGCGCCGGGGGGACCCUAUGUGGCGGCACGGUGCAAAGUGACAGCAGCCGGUGCCGCCGCGAACGGCUUCUCCUCACAGGGACCGCGCGGCCGGCAGGGUGCUUGAAAACAACCAAGAACGACUCCCCGGCUCCCCGGAGACCCCGUCCCGGCAGGCAGCGCGCCCCGCCCCGUUGCUAGGGAAGUGAGGUCACAAAGUAUGGCGGCUCGGGGCCGAAGCUGCUGACGGUUUGGUGCCGUCUGGAAUCCGCGUCCAUCCUUCUCGGGAGUUGCGGCGACGGUGCUGCCUGCCUCGCUGUCGCUGAGCGGCAGGACUAAGGCCGCGAUGGCAUCAGGAACCGCAGGGCUGUGAGGCAGCAGAGCGCGAGCCUGCAGGGCGGGAGGAGCAACAGAACCGGGUCGCGGACGAACCGAGCUGCCGCCAUGGAGCUGAGGGUUGGGAACCGGUACCGGCUGGGCCGGAAGAUCGGGAGCGGCUCCUUCGGGGACAUCUACCUGGGAACUGAUAUUGCUGCUGGAGAGGAGGUUGCAAUUAAGUUGGAAUGUGUGAAAACCAAACAUCCUCAGCUCCACAUUGAGAGUAAAAUCUACAAAAUGAUGCAGGGUGGAGUGGGUAUUCCCACAAUUAAGUGGUGUGGAGCUGAAGGGGACUACAAUGUCAUGGUGAUGGAGCUGCUGGGGCCGAGUCUUGAAGAUCUCUUCAAUUUUUGUUCAAGGAAAUUUAGUCUCAAGACAGUCUUGUUACUUGCUGACCAAAUGAUUAGUCGAAUUGAGUAUAUUCACUCUAAGAAUUUCAUCCACCGAGAUGUGAAACCAGAUAACUUCUUAAUGGGCCUGGGGAAGAAAGGAAAUCUUGUCUACAUAAUAGACUUUGGAUUAGCAAAGAAGUAUCGAGAUGCUCGAACUCACCAACAUAUCCCAUAUCGUGAAAAUAAAAACUUAACAGGAACUGCUCGUUAUGCAUCCAUCAACACUCAUCUUGGAAUUGAGCAAUCUCGCAGAGAUGACUUGGAGUCCUUGGGCUAUGUACUGAUGUAUUUUAACCUGGGCUCCCUCCCCUGGCAGGGACUGAAAGCAGCAACAAAGAGGCAGAAAUAUGAACGUAUCAGUGAAAAGAAAAUGUCUACACCCAUUGAGGUUUUGUGUAAAGGAUAUCCUUCUGAAUUUGCCACAUACUUGAAUUUCUGCCGUUCUCUGCGUUUUGAUGACAAACCGGACUACUCCUAUCUAAGGCAAUUAUUCAGAAACCUCUUUCACCGACAAGGGUUCUCCUAUGACUAUGUGUUUGACUGGAACAUGCUGAAAUUUGGUGCAAGCAGAGCGACUGAAGAUGCUGAACGUGAAAGGAGAGAACGAGAGGAAAGAUUGAGACAUACACGAAAUCCAGCUGUUCGUGGACUACCCUCCACUGCUUCUGGCAGGCUGAGGGGAACGCAAGAUGUAGCUCCUCCUACUCCUCUUACCCCAACUUCACAUGCUGCCAACACUUCUCCUCGACCAGUGUCUGGUAUGGAACGAGAAAGGAAAGUGAGUAUGAGAUUGCAUCGUGGUGCCCCAGUCAAUGUCUCAUCAUCUGACUUAACAGGACGACAAGAUACUUCUCGCAUGUCAACUUCGCAGAAUAGCAUUCCUUUCGAACACCAUGGCAAGUAGCUGCUCGUCUCCUUUCGUUGGAAGGCAGCACUGGAUUCCUGCUCGGGUAACUACCAGUGUUCUUCAGUCCACUGUGCAUCGAUGAAAAUUUAUUUUGCCAUGGAGGGCAGAUAAUGCAUGGCUGAUCUCCUAUGUUAUCAAUGGCUUUACUAGCAAAAACACCCUAAACUAGAGUGGAAACAAUACAACUGGAGUUCUCCAUGUGACUUAAAAGGCACUUGGAGGAACAUGGACAGACUCCAGCAGCUGCCAUUACAGGACGCUUUUGCCAGAAACCCAGUGACCUUAAGAGAACCCUGUGGUAACAGGGCUGGAAAAGAAAGAUGGUUUACAGAGUUGACCGCCUGUUACUGGAUGGCCAUUUCAGUUUUCCCUCCACAGGCGGCAGACUUUAUCCCCUUUUUAUUAUUCUACUGUAACUAUAAAUCUUUUACUUGGUUUAAGAAAGUUUUUGUAUCAUUUUGCUAAAAUUAUUGGGUUAAUUCUCUGUAAAGAACUCUUGCUUUUCUCUGAUUUAAAAAUGUAGAAUAUAAACAGUCCUAAACUAAAGACAAUGACUUGAAAUUUUUUGUUUAAAAAAUUUAGUCUGGCAGGGAGCAUGUAAAUGAAUCAAAAUCAUCUGACUGUAUUUAAACUGUUCACUUAUUUGUAUGGUCUUAUUCUGACUGAGAAGUUUUUCUCACAAAAUUUUUAAAACUGUUAAGAGUUUUACUUUACUGUUUGCCGUCUUCAUUCACACUAAACAUUUCCAUGUAACACAGAGGAAUUUUUAAUAUUCAUUCUUUUGCAUAAAAGAGAACUCAAGACCCUGUAGAGAGUCAAAGUAUAGUAUAGAUGGUAAAAGUUGAUUUAUUUCUUUCUCUUUUUUUUUUUUGUAAAGUAUAUGAAGAACAAAGUGAAAGACACUGGCAUUUAAAUGGAUUGUUUCAAAUACUGUUUUUAUUGGUAAAAUUUUGUUUUCUGCACUCUGAGGCUGGUUAGCUUGGAGGGUACUGUAAGUGGACAAUGCAUGUUGCCACGGAGUCUUUAGUGAAUUUGCACAUUUCAUUCAGCAUCUACAUGUUCAAAAAAAAAAAAAAAGAUGAUGAUGAUUCGGGCCUUCUGUUUCAUGCCAAGACUCAAAAAAAAAAAAAAAAAGGAAUUCUAAAAAAAAAAAAGUGAAAAAGUGUUCUUGCUAUGAAAUCCAGAAAACUUUUAAAACUCAGGUGCAUACCAUAUUUAAUUCCUAACUGUAUUCCACGUGAGUACUUCCAGAAUCAUUAGCCAGUAGCUUAAGAAUGAAUGACUCAUGUUGUCCAAAAGAAUGUUGCAGGUGUUGUUAGCAAAUGUCCAUAUGGAAUAUGGGAAAUACUUUAUAUUUUUUGUUACUGUAAACAGUCUCAUAAACUAAAAAUAGUUAUGUUGUCCAUGUAGUAAUUGGACCACUGUCAGAAAUACUCUUUAUGCUAGUAUCAAAGACGUAAUGGGAAGUUCUGUGUUGGAAAUGAAAGUACGUAUGCAGAGUUUGCUUGAACAGUUAGUUGUUUUGAGAAAUUCUUCCUUGCUUAAAAACAAAAUUUUAAAGGAUUGCUGGUCUUAAGAGUUUUAUGAAGAGUAAUUUUUAUUGUUUCAAGGUUUGCAGAUUCCUCCUUCCCCAAAGAAAAAAAGGUCCACAUAUUAGAUAUCAGUCAUUUUUCUUUGGAUGUCUUUGUGACAUUAAGUAUUUGCUUGUGUGUACUCUGGAUCUGACAGGGGAAACUUGUCUUGGAGAUUACAGUGGAAGAGUUUAAGAGUAAUCCAUGGAUAAGUUUGCAAUAGAGAAUUAUUUCCUCAGUCACUAUAAACUUCAGUAUUUUAGGCAUGUGCACUACCAUUUGAACAGUUUUACACUUCACUGUGCUUUCCUUGUAAAUAUCUGUGGUUAAUAAUAUACUGUUAGAGGGACUUACAAAGGCUGCCUCUUUAUUCUCUCUGUAUCUGGAACAUUAGAUUGCUGUGCUAUACUUAAAAGUUGAUUGCAGACUUCUAGAAAUGUACUCAGUUGUGGGCAAUUUUUGUCCUUCAUAAUAGUUAAAAUUCCAUCAUGUGGAAAAUAGACUGUCUGUAUAAACCUGUGUAUUGGAAAUCAGUAUCUCAGAGCACUUCAUUUGUACUACCACUGUAUUUGUGUACUUUAUCAAUUGUGUAAAUACAUUCAUAAUGACUUCUAUUCUUCUUUGGUGUAACUUACUUACAAUGACUCUUUUCUUGGUGUAACUUUUGUAUUAUUCUUUUUGUAAUGGGUUUCUGUACAUAUAAAGAACAUUGUCAAUUCCAAACAUUUGAAGAAAUGGUGACAGGAUUUAAGUAGUCAUGGUUAGAUUGCAGCAGCUAAGGUAUGCAGGAAAAAAGAGAAGACAUUAAUUGCUUUGCUCACAAAGAACAUGUCUUUUGUCUCUAUAAAGGUAAAUGUUUUUGUUUGGAUAUUA